AUGGCAACAACGUCAGAUUAUUUAGCCGACAAUCUCUAUCAAUAUCACCAGAGUUUUCAAACUAUAUUGAAUUAUGGUAUGAGAUCCAGGGAACACCGUUACAAGGAAGAUGCGAUAAAAACGGUUGCCAAGUUACGACUGGAAUCUUGCAACGAAGUACACGUUCUUUCUAUUGGAUCCGCGAAUGGAAUUACCGAGUAUCUUGAAGAAGGUGGUACAGCUGAUAAGUAUGACUUCAUACAUGCCUGUCAUUCUUUUUAUUACUUUGGUGAUGAUGGAAAUACACUGCACAAUUUAUAUAACAUGCUCAAUAAGGAUGGAAUACUUCUGAUCAGAGCUGUAACAGGUGCAGGAUGGUUGAAGUAUUUUAAAUACAGGAAUAACUUCCAAUUGUCCAGAAAAUACAAAUCAGCAAUCGAUGCUAAAAAUCUGAUAAAUCUCCAGUUCCCUGAUGCUCGUAUUGAGAUAAUACACGGCCCUAUUGAAGUCACUUUUACUAAGUGUUUUGACAAAGAUUUGAAAGAUUAUAAUAGAAUGCUAGAUUUUAUUAACGCAAUUGUAAACUUUAGGAAUUCACGACCACGAGAUGAAGUUGAGGCGAGCUUGAGAUAUUUGAGGGAUGAAUGUUGUUAUGUUAAAGGAGAUGAAAUUAUGAUUAAUAAUGAUGAAGAUGACAUCAUAAUUUGGAAGAAAUGA